UCCAAAAUGAACUGUGUUUUUAUCACGUGACGUGUGGACUGUGUUCCUUAUUGCAGGCGAACCCUAAAACUAUCAAAUAUAACAACUUUGCAAACAAGCAAAAGGAAGGACUUUGCUCUGUCGAUUUUUCUGCUUCAUCAGAUUUAUCAGCAUGAUUGUUCGCUUCUGCCCGCACUGCGGCACCAAGAUUGAGGCCGGUUUUAAAUUCUGCCCGUCCUGCGGGGAGAUGCUGCCUCAGCAGGACCCGGAGGAGACAGUGACAGCCAGCAUCUCCCAGAUGGCAGUGUCCCAUACCAGCCCCUAUUCAGCGGGCUGCAGCACAGGUGGGGGUAUUUCCCUAGGCCAGGGCAGCCACAUUGAUUUGCCGCCGCACUCUCCAAGGAAACGGGUGCAGUUCGCCAGUAUCAAAGAGGAGGAGAAGCACAUCACAGAGCCCUCCGUAGUUUCUAAAUCAGCUUCUGCAGACCAGGGCUCCCCCCUCUCUGUGACAUCACGCUCUCCUCUGCGGGCAUCUCGCUCUGCCAGGAAGCGUCCGGGAUCCUCCAGGGUGAAGGAAGAGGAUGUGCCCAGCAGCGAGACUGCCCCCUCCCCCUCUCCCUCCCCCUCCCCCUCCCCCCCCUCCCCCCGCUCCAAAGCUCUGGCCAAAGGCAAAGGCAAGAGAGCCCGGAGAAUGAGUGGCAUCGAGCCGCUGUCAGAGAACGAGGUCCUGACCGACACCACCAACAAGAAGUGGAGGCUCAUGAAGCUCCUGGCACAGAGUGACUGCGGGAUUCUCUAUGGAGCUGUCCUGUACACUUCUGGAGCUUGUUCAGAAGAUCACAAAUACAUUCUCAAACUGGCUGCCAAGGAUGGAAAAAUAUUCAACGAACAGAAUUUCUUGCAGCGUGCAGCGAAGCCAGCAGCAGUUGAUAAAUGGAGGAAGCACCACAAGAUGGACUUUCUGGGGAUCCCUACCUGUGUUGGCUUCGGGCUCCAUGCAGAUACCUACAGAUUUCUAGUCCUUCCAAACAUGGGCGUGACCCUGCAGUCCAUCAUGAGUGAGAGCGGAGUCUCACUGUCUGAGAGGGCUGUCCUUCAGGUGGCCUGCAGGAUUCUUGACAUUCUGGAGUACAUCCACAGCAAUGAGUAUGUACAUGCAGAUAUCCGUGCUGAAAACGUGUAUUUGGACCCCACAGAUCUGAAGCAGGUGCACCUUGCCGGGUAUUGUUAUGCAUUCCGCUACAGCCCCAGUGGCAACCACAUUGAGUACCGAGAACUCAGCAGGACACCACACGAGGGCGCUGUGGAGUUCCUCAGCAUCGAUUCCCACAAAGGAGCGGGCCCGUCCCGUCGCAGUGAUCUUCAGUCCCUGGGGUACUGCAUGCUGAAGUGGGUGUGCGGCUCCCUGCCCUGGUCCGAUCAGAUCGACAACCCCAGCGCUGUCAUGGCAGAGAAGGAGAGGUACAAGACGGACGUGAAGGGUCUGCUGGAACAGGGUUUCGGUAAAAGAAAAACUUCAGCAGCUCUGCAGGUUUACCUGGAUCAGGUGAUGGCUCUGAGCUACAACGAGAAUCCAAACUACGAGGAGCUGAGGAACGGAAUCAGAGACGCACUGCAGAAACUGGGUUCUUCAGCGCAGGAUCCCAUCGAUGUCACGCUGAUUUAAACAGGGCUGGUAUGUGUCAGGAAGGUUCAGACUUGUUGCAAGCGUAAAAUGUCACACCUUCUCUAUCUUAACUAAUGAAUUUGUCGUCUUCUUGUGUAGGUCACCUUGUAUAUCGUAAUCAGUCAUCGCCACAUCUUGGUGACUAACAUGUAUUGUGCCCUCGCACAUUAGGUGCACCACAGUGUAACCGUUAACCUGUCCCCCUGCAACACUGCCCCUAGUGGAUGUAAGAAGUGCAGAGUGUGGCAGGGGGACCGGUACACUCUGGUGUACCAGUUAGUGUAUUUAUACACUUUUUUACAAUUGGACUAUUAUUUUGUGUAAAUAUGUUUUAAGGGUUGUAUGUUUUUUGUUUUUAGAUUUGGUCAAUAAUGGUGGAAUCACUGGGGAAAGAAUGUGUUCUGUUGUGGAUUAACUAUAUGUUCCAGCUAAAAGUAAAUAUAUAUUUUUAUGAAGUUUUACUCCUGACAUCUAGCCUGAUAUGCCCAGUUUCACAGACCGUUUAAAAGCAGUGUGCCAAGCAUGUGAUCAAAAGGUAACACAAUGCCAAGGAUAGCCAGGAUCUGUGAACCCAGCCAACUGUACAGUUCAAACAGAUAUUUUCUAAAAAAUGUAAUACCAAAAGAAAAUGUGAAUUGGGUAAAGGCUAUAAAAAUCUUAAACAAGAAUUAACAAAAAACAAAAAAUGCACAGCUAAAGAAAAUGUGAGUGAAAAGUGUGAUGCAGAAAGUUUUAUCUGUGGAUGUUUUCUAAUUGUUUUUAGAGGUUUUAUUUUUGGUAUUUUAAUUCGUAUCACUGGCUUGAACAACUGUUGCUUCACGUUUUGGUGUUAGGUGCUUUUGAAACUUUUCUAAUAAAAUGUGUUGAACAGU